ACGCCAUCAUCGUCCUCAUCCCUACCUAACGUCUCAUCCAAUACAAUGACUCUUUCAUGGGGUCGUUCGUUGCGCAAUUCCAUCACCAUUUAACUUUCUUAUUCCUUAUUCCAGAUAGGUAGAGAAGAUGUUUCCAUCAGUGUGCAGCUCAAAGCCAGGAGAAGUCGUUAAUGUUGAUGUGAGCCAAGCCAAGACUCUCCUCCAAUCGGACCAUCAAUAUCUUGAUGUUAGGACUGAGGAAGAGUUUCGGAGAGGCCAUUGUUUUGUACCUAAGAUCCUCAACGUUCCCUACAUGCUCAACUCGCCUCAAGGAAGAGUGAAGAAUCAAGACUUCUUGGAUCAAGUGUCUUCUCUCCUCAACCCUACUGAUGAUAUCCUUGUGGGUUGUCAGAGUGGAGCCAGAUCCUUAAGUGCCACAGCUGAACUUGUUACUGCUGGUUUCGAGAAAGUGAGAAACGUAGGAGGUGGCUAUCAAGCUUGGGUGGACCACAACUUUCCCAUCAUCAAGGAGCAGCAGCAAUCUGCAAACUAAGAGAUGCAUGCACCCUCUAUAAAUUUCCUUUUAAUAUAAUGCAAACUGUUACCAAUGUAUAAUGAUGUACUGAUGUUAUGUUAUCAAAUAAAUAAAUACAAAUGUGGUGUUUAUGGCAA